GGCUGGCAGGCUCCAAAUAUUGAAUCACUGUGUCCAUUAUAAUAUUGGGUUAAUGUUUUGAGGAGCGUCUGACACUGCUACGCCAUAACCAGAAUAUAUAGAUAAGAAUCUAAUAUAUAACGCUGUCCUGAUGCGCUGUUCGCUGUUUAACAAGUAAUUUCCCACGGAUCCGAUGACCGCCUGUGACCAACACAGCAAAAGAGUAUGCAACUGCAAGCUUGUCUCCACCACUCAUGUCGCUCCCUCGCUCAGACUAUGACCCUCGUAGGGUGUGUUUAAACCCAUUUCCAGAUCUCAACUUGAACUUCGGAAAGCAUCGCCGGACUAUUGGCAUUUACCUCGCAGGCGCUUUGUUCGCACUUGCAAAUUGGACUUUCCUUGAUGCUGCCAUCUUGUCCGCACAUGCUCACCCGCCUUAUGAGGACCCCCAAAUUCCGCCUCCUGUGCAUGUGCAGUUCGUUGAUUGGGUGCCGGGCUUCUGCUCGCUCCUUGGUAUGCUCAUCAUCAACUUGAUCGACAAGGAUAGGAUUAGAGGGGAUGAUUAUGGAGACUCCUCAGCUGUGUGGAGGGCACGCCUUUUCCUAUUCAUUGGAUUUGCUUUCAUGGCUGGUGGACUCGCGGGGAGCGUGUCUCUUCUUGUGCUGAAAUACGUCAUGAUGGAUUACCCCGAACAAUACACAUACUACGGCUAUGCCAACGUAUCGCAGAACGUGGCCUUGAUGCUGUCGUCAGUUGUGCUUUGGAUUGCACAAAGUGCGCAGACGGAAUAUGAUUAUAGCCUUACGCUUUAGUAACGGAUGCAGUUUCAUUGAUGUUGUUGAAUUUUUCAGUGUAGCUGUGAAUAUGUAUCUUUCUUUUGCGACU